CAAAGAGCGUACUGUUAUAAAGUUGGUCGCUGCUGUUAUAGGUGAAAUGCUGUUAUAAAAAAGUAAAAUAUAACAUAAGAAUUCGGUUCCGAAAAAAAUUGGCUGUUAUAGAAAAGGUGUUGUUCUAUGCGGAUGCGUUAUAGGGAGGUCUAACUGUAUAUAUAUAAAAAAUUAAAAAUAAAAGAUUCAAAAUAACAAAGGACAAAAUAUUAUUCAACGUUGGGGAAAGUGUUUAAUUUUAAAAUCAAAUUGAAGGGGAAAAUUUACUUUCACCAAAUUUUAUCAUCAUCAAUCAUCAUAGACAAAAAAAAAAAACAAAUUAUUUUCAAGAUAUUAAAUUACUGUCUUACUUUUGAACUUCACUGCACAAAUUAGUUAAUGUCGAACUGAAAAAAAAAAAAAAAAAAAAAAAAGCUCAAACAAAUCUUGUACGUGACUGCUGAUGAGACUAAGGUGUUAUGGAUUCCAUCAAAAUUUUGUCCCUCUUGAAAUCAUCCCUUAGUAUUUCAACAUCACUGAAACAAGCCAAACUGUUGCACCAAAAGAUUGUCACUCUAGGCUUACAAAGCAACAUUAUUUUAUCCAAGAAUCUAAUUAACCUAUACAUCUCUUGCCAUGAUUUCCAUUCCACUAAGCUAGUCUUUCAAAAUCUUGAGAACCCUCUUGAUAUCACUUUAUGGAAUGGUCUAAUGGCUGCUUAUACUAAGAACCAUAUGUUCAAUGAAGCUCUUCAACUCUUUGACAAGUUGUUACAAUUCCCAUAUCUUAAACCUGAUAGUUACACUUUCCCUAGUGUUCUUAAGGCUUGUAGUGGUUUAGGAAAUGUCCAAUGUGGUCAAAUGAUACAUGCUCAUUUGAUUAAAACUGGGAUUUUAUCAGAUGUUGUUGUGACAAGUUCAGUGAUUGGGAUGUAUGCGAAAUGCGACUUUUUCGGGUCAGCUAUACAUCUAUUUGAUGAAAUGCCUGAGAGAGAUGUUGUGUGUUGGAAUACUGUGAUUUCGUGCUACUAUCAAAGUGGGCAAUUUGAAAAAGCUCUUGAAUUUUUUGAGAAGAUGAAGGAUUUGAGAUAUAUGCCUAAUUCGGUUACCUAUACAGCAGCAAUCUCGUCGUGUUCGAGGCUUUUGGAUGUGGAAAGUGGGGAGAGAAUUCAUCAGGAAUUAGUGAAUAAUAAGUUUCUGUUGGAUGGUUUUGUAAGUUCUGCUCUUGUGGACAUGUAUGGGAAAUGUGGCUUCUUAGAGAAGGCUAAACGGAUUUUUGAGCAAAUCCCUGGUAAGAGUUUGGUUUCUUGGAAUUCCAUGAUAUCUGGGUAUAGUUUGAGAGGUGAUAGCAAAUCAUGCAUUGAGCUUUUACGAAGGAUGAACGAAGAAAACAUGAAACCCUCUUCCGUGACUUUAAGCACCUUAUUAAUGGCGUGCUCUAAAUCUGCUCAAUUGCAGCAUGGGAAGUUUCUUCAUGCAUAUAUAAUUCGAAAUAAUAUAGGAUCUGAUGUCUUUCUUAACGCUUCACUUGUUGACUUAUAUUUCAAAUGUGGCAGAGUGGAGAAUGCCCAAAAUGUCUUUAGUAAGAUCACAAAGAAGAAUGUGGAAGCCUGGAAUGUAAUGAUCUCUGGAUAUGUGUCAGCUGGUUACUACUUGGAGGCUCUUGACGUUUAUAAUGACAUGAAGUUGGCAGGGAUAAAGCCUGAUGCAAUCACUUUGACUAGUGCCUUGGUAUCUUGUUCACAGUUGGCAGCCUUAGAACAGGGCAAGGAGAUCCACAAGUGUAUUGUUGAUAAUAGGUUGGAAUCCAAUGAAAUUGUUACGGGGUCGCUGCUUGAUAUGUAUGCUAAAUGUGGUGCGGUAAGUGAAGCUUUUGAAGUCUUUGAUGAGUUGCCUGAGAGAGAUCUGGUAUCAUGGACUACAAUGAUCUCCGCAUAUGGAUCUCAAGGCCAAGCUUUUGAAGCGUUAAAACUCUUUAAUGAAAUGCUGUAUUCUAAUGUAAAACCGGACAGAGUUGCAUUCCUUGCAGUAAUUUCUGCAUGUGCUCAUGCUGGAUUAGUGGAUGAAGGUUACCGUUAUUUUAAUUUAAUGGUCAGCGACUGUGGCAUCCAACCAUCAGCUGAAGAGUACUCAUGUCUAAUUGACCUUCUUGGACGUGCGGGAAGAUUGCGUGAAGCCUAUGCAAUUCUGCAGAGCAACGCGCACAUCAGGGAGGAUGUUGAGUUAUUAACUGCAUUAGCUUCUGCAUGCCAUUUGCAUGGGGAACUAGAUAUUGGUGAAGAAAUCGCAAAGAUGCUUACUCAAAAAGACGAAGAUGAUCCGUCUACUUACAUUGUUUUGGCAAAAAUAUAUGCUUCGCAGAACAAAUGGAAUGAGGUACGCAAGUUGAGACUGAAGAUGAAGAAGCUGGGAUUGAGGAAGAAACCUGGAUGUAGUUGGAUUGAAGUAGACAAGCGGACUCAAACUUUCUUGGCAGAUGAUAAAUCAUUCCCGCUAGUAGACAAUGUUUAUCAAUGUCUAUCGUUAAUAAAUAGUGAAAUGGAAAACUAUGAAUGCUUUAGCAUUAAUAGCAACGGAGAUGAAUUCUACUCACAGCCAACUACUUGACCAAAUCAAUCUCCCUGCUCAUAGAAAUAACUUUGUUUUUCCAAACAAAUGACACACUGAUCGGAAAGACAUUGUUUGGUCUCUUAUGGAUGUUCGCCUCAUAGUGGAUAAGAGCAAGAUCCUUCAAAUCCUAUAUUAAGGUAGGAAGUCUUGUUCGCAAGGCUCAACUCUAAGAGGUAAGGCUGGAAUGAUGCUAUUAACAGCCGGAUAUGUGUCAGUGCUUCUACUUGGAGGCUCUUGAUGACUAUAUACUGCCAUGAAGGUGGCAGGGGUAAAAACUGAUGCAAGAGUCUCGGCAUCUCGUUUACAGUUGGCAAACUGCGCAAGAAGAUCCUCAAGUGUAUAUGGACAUCAUGUUGGAAUGAAAUAAAAUCGAUCAAUGGGGGCCUAACUGCCAGAUUCGAAGCCAAGAAAGGUUAAGGCAAGGAGAUCCUAUGUCUCCUUACCUCUUUGUCUUGGCUAUGGAAUAUUUAAACAGAUCAUUGAAGCAACUUAUGCAUGUGUCUGCCUUCAAGUAUCAUCCACAAUGUGCCAAGAUCAAAUUGGUGCAGAUCUGCUUUUGAUGACCUUCUCAUGUGUUGUAGAGCUGACAAAUCUAUUAAGCUGAUGUUGAAUAGAUUUGAACACUUCUCUGAGGUAUCAAGCUUGGAAGCAAAUAUGGUAAGAGUUCCUUGUAUGUAUCAGGUGUAUCAAAUGAAUCUAGGGAUCAACUACUUGCUGAGAUACAUUUUGCCCCGGGAGAAAUGCCUUUUAAAUAUCUAGGAGUACCCCCUGUAUUCUAGAAAGCUCAAUGUCAGUCAGUGCUUACCCUAGUGGAUAGAAUUAUUGCUAGAAUAAAAUGCCGGACAUCAAAAUUCCUAUCUUAAGGUGGCAGACUUCAGUUGAUCAAAAGUGUAUUGUUAGAAAUCCAGACAUAUUGGACCCAAGUCUUCUUAUUGCCUAUGAAGAUACUCUCUAGGAUAAGUGGAUAACCAGUGUUUGUAGAAAUUUCAUGUGGACCGGAAGCAAUGAGUGUUCAAGGGAGCCCUGGUAGCCUGGGAUACUCUAUGUCAGCCCAAAUCUACUGGUGGACAAUCUGCUGAACUUCUUCCUGUGAAACAAAGCAGCAAUUUGUAAACUUCUAUGGACUGUCGCUUAGGAGAAGGAGACAUUAUGGGUGAAAUGGAUACAUAAUUUCUACAUAGAAGGAAGGGACUUAGCUACUGUUAGCUCUCGUAAACAAGCUAGCUGGUUGGUGAGCAAGAUUCUUGAUGCUAGAAGGUGGUUAAAUGAGAAUGAAGAUAUAUCCAUAGUACUGGAUAGAUUUACUAUCCAAGGUAAAUUCAGUAUUAAGAGGGCUUAGAAUUCACUACUUCCACAAUAUCCAAAGCCCCAUGGAAGAAAUUGAUCCUGACUAAAGGCCUACUGCCUAGACAUCACUUUGUGUUGCGGCUAGCACUGCAUAACAUGCUCCCAACAGUUGAAAGACUCCGCAGAUAGAGCAUUCAGGUGGCCACAGAGUCUGUCCUCUGUCAAUCAAAUGCUGUGGAAUCUCAUUCACAUCUGUUCUUCAAUUGCUCUUAUUUGGAUGACACUACUUACUUGGAUGGGCAUAAAUAGACAGGUUGAUGACUGGGACUCAGAGGUGCAAUGGUUAUCUUUUAUAAUACAUAGCGCAAGAGUUAAGACCAUGAUUCUGGAUUCAUCUUUGCUGCGGUGAUAUACCAUGUCUGGAUUUGAAAGAAACAGUCGAAGGUUUAAUCAAGUGGCAAGAGUCAAAGAGAUCAUAUUGCAGCUGCAUAUUAUGGGACAGAGACACCUCAAGUGGAAGAGUAUACUAGAAAUGCUUAAUAGCUUUCCCUGUUAAAAGAGUCCAACUUUUUGUUUGUACAGUGAUUAAGACCCUUCCUAGAAGGUGCUGAGUUCAUUAGUACAUGUCCAAGGUAAAAAGAGUAGCCAGUUCUUUUUCUUUAGUUGAUGUCCCAUAAUUUUCUGUUUGAAAUCACUCAAUAGUGACUAUUUGGUAUAUGAAUGACUCAAAGAAGUCUCUUUCACAUAACCAUCAUUAUUCUUACCCGUGACUUUUCACUUAGGCUUUUGAAAAAAAAAAAAAAAAACAUAAAAUGCAGAAAAGUAGUGAUGAUGAAACAAGAAAAAAAAAAAUCCAAAAUACGCCUACAAUAAUUAUAACUGAAAAUUUGUUAAUAACAUCCAAAACAAACAAAAAACACUACAAAUCCUAGUUAGGGCUUGGCCAUCGUUGUGGAGCCUCAUCUGGUACUCCAUUAGGCAGCCCUCUCAACCUACGAAGUUCUUUCAUCAUCCUAGCCCUAGUUGCAAAUAAUUCUCACAUUAAUCGAUCCACAAUUUGCCGCAGUUACUUCGAUUUCGUCGAUUAAAAUUGCCAUAUCCCAAAUUGGAUCUGUCAUCACUUCACUAGUAAAAAACAGUAAGAAAAUAAAAAGGUAGAAGAUACACAAAAAUUGUAACCCUAGUUUUAGAAGGAUAAAGAAAUGGAAGAAAGAAAUUUUCUUUGAGUGGGAAUGAAAGUGUGAGUUUAGGACAUAAUUGUUACGGUCUGCUUUUGUACUCAAUCAUAAAAGCUUCUCAUAACUUGGCUGUUGUCAUGAAAAAACAAAGUCUCCACCUAAUUAAUUGUUUGA